AUGACCGUGUCACCCAACCCAUUACCUCGCGACCCCGUUCCCGGUUAUGUCGUGACCUAUCGCGGCAACGUCGUGGAAAACAGACACCAAGUCCAUGCCGCCGUCACCGAUGCCACGGGUCGCAUCAUCUAUGCCGUGGGAAAUCCCACGCGUGUCACUUUGGCCCGCUCGGCUGCGAAACCUGCCCAAGCCCUGGCAGUUCUGGAAACCGGCGCCCUAGAAAAGUUUGACUUCGACGAAGCAGAUCUGGCGCUGAUGUGCGCCUCCCACAGCAGUGAAGAUCGCCAUCUUGCCCGUGCCCGCGCCAUGCUGGCCAAAGUUGACCUGCAGGAAGAGAACUUGCGUUGUGGGGGUCAUGCGGCCCUGUCGGAGUCCGUCAAUCGAGCAUGGAUCAAGCGGGAUUGGACGCCGACGGCCAUCGCAAACAAUUGCUCAGGCAAACACGCCGGCAUGCUUGCCGGUGCAAAAGCUCUGGGAGCGCCUCCUGCAGAGUACCACUGCAUCAAUCAUCCUCUACAGCAGCAAGUUACGCACGCCGUCGAGGAGCUGGCGGGCCUGCCCUCAGAUCGUGUCCAAUGGGCCAUCGAUGGCUGUAACCUGCCCGCUCCCGCGCUACCCCUGCAGAAUUUAGCCAGCAUUUACGCCCGCAUCGCCAAUGCGGCCAAUGCAGCCCCUACAGAUCACCCGUCUCCACGGGAACAGGCGCUAGCUCGCAUCUUUCGAGCGAUGGCAGGCCAUCCAGAACUGGUCGGGGGAGAUGGUCGGUUCUGCACCGAGCUCAUGCAGGCAUUUGAAGGAGUGUUGAUUGGUAAGGUGGGAGCGGACGGCUGUUAUGCUAUUGGAGUGCGUGCUUCAGGCUACACCCAGCAACUGGGGAUUAGCGGGGCUUUGGGUAUUGCGGUCAAGAUUGAGGAUGGCAACCGGGAGGUACUUUAUGCCGCUGUGGUCGAGAUCUUGCGCCAACUCCAGAUCGGCACUCCCGCGCAGCUGCAGUCGCUGGAGGUAUUUCAUCAACCCGAGAUCCGAAACACUGCCGGCGUGGUGACGGGGCACACCUCGCACCAGUUUCAGAUAAGCUCGGUAUAG